AUGGAUUGGGAGAACCAGUCGACAGAACAGUCUUUUGGAAAUGCCUCCCAGAGCCCCGGUGAUGUGCUGGCGCCCUGGGAUGAGACUACCUUGCUUGGACUGCAGAUCUCGGUCUCGGCCAUCCUGGCCAUGGUCACCCUGGCGACGGUGCUGUCCAAUGCUUUCGUGAUCACGACCAUCUUGCUGACGCGAAAGCUGCACACUCCCGCCAACUUUCUGAUCGGCUCGCUGGCAGCAACAGACCUUCUGGUGUCCAUCCUGGUCAUGCCUAUCAGCAUCGUCUACACGGUCAGCAAGACCUGGUCCUUUGGGCAGAUCAUGUGUGACAUCUGGCUGUCCUCCGACAUCACCUUCUGCACUGCCUCCAUCCUCCACCUGUGUGUGAUUGCACUGGACCGCUACUGGGCCAUCACAGACGCGCUGGAAUACUCCAAGCGACGGACGGCGCGGCACGCUGGGGCCAUGAUCGCUGUAGUCUGGGUCAUCUCCAUCUCGAUCUCCAUGCCCCCGCUGUUCUGGCGGCAGGCCAAGGCCCACGAGGAGUUGAAGGAGUGCGUGGUGAACACGGACCAGAUCUCCUACACGCUCUAUUCCACCUUCGGGGCCUUCUACGUGCCCACGGUGCUGCUGAUCAUCCUGUACGGCCGCAUCUACGUGGCCGCCCGCUCUCGCAUCUUCAAAACGCCCGCAUCCCAUGGCAAGCGCUUCACCACUGCGCAGCUGGUCCAGAACUCGGCGGGCUCGUCCCUGAGCUCCAUCAACUCUACCUCCAACCAGGAGGGGGCGCACCUGCAGCCUGGGAGCGGGGGCUGUGGAGGCAGUGGUGGGUCUCCUAUAUUUGCCAACAAUGUGAAAGUGAAGCUGGCGGACAGCGUGCUGGAGCGGAAGCGCAUCUGCGCCGCCCGGGAGAGGAAGGCCACCAAGACGCUGGGGAUCAUCCUGGGCGCCUUCAUCGUCUGCUGGCUGCCUUUCUUCGUGGUCACCCUGAUCAUGGGCAUCUGCCAGGCCUGCAAGCUCAACCCUGUGGUCUUCGACGUGUUCACGUGGCUGGGCUACCUCAACUCCCUCAUCAAUCCCGUGAUCUACACGGUGUUCAACGACGAAUUCAAGCAAGCCUUCCAGAAACUCAUCAAGUUCAAGCGAUGCUACUGAGGAUUGUCCGCUGACUUUCGGAGGGUCGCUUUCCUUCUCGCCUCGUGUCUUCUGGGUGAAAACUGGAAUAUCAGUCAGCGGAGCCCCGGAACACCAUACCGCGGCAUUAGUACAUGUUCUUCACACAAAUCCGCACACACGCCGUGUACACUGGGUCCUCACUGCCCAUCUUUUACAGAUGAGUGUUAUAACUUCCUAUUCGAUGUA